AUGUCAGCAACGAUAGCACCUACAGAAGAGGAGACGAAGCAGUUGCGUCGUGUGUCUGCAGAUCUACCUCCCACUCCACCAGAGUCAGAACAUAGCGACACGGAAAGGCAGGACUCGAACGAAACAUUAAAGACCGUCGGCGUCGAUAUCGCUCUUCCACCACCCACGUCGCCACCUAUAGCCGUCCUCGAGCCUGACAAGAAGACGCCAGAUGGCUGGCUACCCCGAGAUCCACGAUUGAUACGACUUACCGGCGUACAUCCUUUCAAUGUUGAAGCGCCGCUAUCUGACUUAUACAACGAAGGAUUCCUUACCAGCCCGGAACUCUUCUAUGUGCGAAACCAUGGUGCAGUGCCACAAGUCAAGGAUGAGGAGAUACCGGAUUGGGAAUUCACCGUGGAAGGCAUGGUAGAGCAUCCACUCAGGUUGACUUUCCGAGAACUGCUGGAGCAGUAUGACCAAAAGACAUAUCCUAUCACGUUGGUCUGCGCUGGCAACAGACGGAAAGAGCAGAACGUUGUGAGGAAGACCAAAGGCUUCUCAUGGGGUGCUGCUGGUGUUUCGACUGCGCUAUUCACGGGUGUGGUAUUGGGAGACCUACUAAAGAAAGCCAAGCCAAAACGUGGAGCCAGGUAUGUCUGUAUGGAAGGCGCCGACAAAUUGCCCAAUGGUUACUACGGCACAUCUGUCAAGCUCAAUUGGGCACUGGACCCAAACAGAGGUAUGAUGCUGGCGCAUAGGAUGAAUGGUGAGAUGCUACGGCCCGAUCACGGCAAACCGCUACGAGCGGUAAUUCCAGGUCAGAUCGGCGGCCGCAGUGUAAAGUGGUUGAAACGACUUAUCAUCACUGCCGAGCCUAGUGACAACUGGUACCACAUCUACGACAACAGAGUUCUACCUACCAUGGUCUCUCCAGAAGAGUCGGCGAAUGAUCCAAAGUGGUGGAUGGACGAACGCUAUGCUAUCUAUGAUCUCUCAACGAACUCCGCUAUUGCUUACCCGGCCCAUGAAGAACAACUAUGCGUCGUUGAUGCGCCAUCAAAUUAUCGAGUUAAAGGUUAUGCAUAUGGCGGUGGUGGGCGAAGAGUGACCCGUGUUGAAGUCUCGUUAGACAAAGGGAAAACAUGGCGUUUAGCGAAGAUCGACUACGCAGAAGAUCGAUAUCGAGAAGCUGGACCUCGACAAUUAUGUGGCGGUGAGUUGGACAUGGAGUUGCGAGAGAACUCAUUCUGCUGGUGCUUCUGGAACCUCGACAUAGCAGUUUCUGAGCUUAGCGAGGUAGGUGAUAUCUUCGUGCGAGCAAUGGAUGAAAGCAUGAAUUUGCAGCCGAGAGACAUGUACUGGAGUGUUCUGGGCAUGAUGAACAAUCCUUGGUAUCGAAUAACGAUCGCGAAAGAGGGCGAUUAUCUGCGCUUCGAGCAUCCUACACAGCCAGCUCUGAUGCCUGGUGGUUGGAUGGAGCGUGUCAAGAAGGUAGGUGGCGAUUUGACAAAUGGCUACUGGGGCGAGGAGAUCGGAAGCGACGAUAAAUCUGAGGUCGUGCUGGAAACGGCUAAGGAAGUAGUGAUGGUGAAGGAGGGCUUGAAGAACAUUGUUACGAUUGAUGAGUUACGAAAACACGACAAGGAAGACGGGCCAUGGUUUGUGGUCAAUGGUGAGGUAUAUGACGGGACGGCUUUCUUGACUGGUCACCCUGGUGGUGCGCAAAGUAUCAUCUCUGCAGCAGGGCUAGACACUACUGACGAAUUUAUGGCAAUACACAGCGAGACAGCGAAAGGCAUGAUGACAGACUACCACAUCGGCAGCCUAGACGAAGAAGGCCGUGCCGCCCUCUCAGGCGAAGAUGUCCAACCAGACCCCUCUGCCACACCGUCACCGACCUUCCUGGACUCCCGAGCCUGGAAGAAAGCCAUUCUACAUACCAAGACAACAGUCUCAUGGGACACCAGAGUCUUCACCUUCAGACUCGAAAACGACGAGCAAACCCUCGGACUACCAACAGGGCAACAUCUCAUGAUCCGACUCCGGGAUCCUGUGACACGGGAAGCGAUCAUCAGGAGUUACACGCCCACAUCCGAGACCACGAAAGCAGGAUACAUGGACGUCCUGGUAAAAGUCUACUUCGACAGUAAAGAGCGGCAAGGUGGCAAACUUAGCCAGGCUCUGGAUGCGUUGCCCAUUGGCCAUUUUGUUGAUUUCAAAGGACCUAUUGGCAAAUUCGAGUACAGUGGAAAAGGUCUGUGCUCCAUAAACGGAAAGGAGCGAAGAGUCAAAAACUUCUUAAUGAUCAGUGGUGGAAGCGGCAUAACACCCAUCUACCAAGUCUUCCGCGCCAUGAUGCAAGAUAAGACCGACGAGACGAAGUGCGUCGUGCUGAACGGCAACAGACUGCUCGAAGAUAUUCUCUGCAAAGCGGACCUCGAUGCAUUAGCCAAGGACAACGAGGAAAGGUGUCGGUUAAUGUAUACACUGACCAAGGCACCGGACGAUUGGCAGGGUCUGAAGGGUAGGAUAGCGGCGCCUUUGCUCAAGGAGCAUUGCGAUCGCAGUGCGUUUGAGGAGGGAGGGGCGAUGGUGCUGAUUUGUGGGCCGGAGGCGUUGGAGAAGAGUGUACAUCAGGCGCUGCUUGAGAUUGGGUGGAAGGAUGAGGAUUUGCUUUUCUUCUGA